UCUCAAAUGUAUUAUCAUAUAUUCAUACUCAUUUCCUUCUACCGAGGUUUGAAGUAUUCCUUCUUCUCAAACCAUGGCUUCUUCUGUGUCACCUCCAUCAUUUCCCAAGCAGAAGUUACAUAUCACAUCACCAAAGACUCCGGCUAAAAUUCCAGCGGCUAUCCACUUGUUUCAAUUAUGCCACAGCUUUCAGGAAGUAAAACAACUACAUGCCCAGUUGGUUGUGUCUGGACUCCUCGACCGCCCUCCAAAUGCUGGGAGGCUCGUUGAGUCGUAUGUUUCCAUUUCACAAAUCAACUUCGCCUUUUCAAUCUUUCAGAGACUACCUUCUCCUGAUGUGUUUGCCUACAACACCAUGAUUAGAGGCCUGACACUGGGUAAGCGUCCGCAUGAUUCGCUCUUGCUGUAUGAUAAACUGUUAGCAGAUGGUGCAGCCCCGGACAAUUACACUUACACCUUUGUCCUCAAGGCAUGUUCCCAUUUGGAAGCCCUCUCUGAAGGCAAACAAGUGCACGGCCGGAUAGUUAAAGCUGGAAUACCACCCAAUACGCACAUUCAUAGCUCGCUAAUACAUAUGUACAUGGCUUCGGAUAGCAUUGCUUCUGCAGAACAUGUUGUAGCAGAAUUCCCAGUAGAGAACACGCUUGCGAAGAACUCUAUGAUUUCUGGGUACCUCAGAAAAGGCCAUGUAGAAAAGGCUAGAAGAAUGUUUGACACCAUGGGAGCAAAAGACGUUGCAUCUUGGAGUGCAUUGGUCACAGGGUACACGAAGAAUGGAAUGUAUUCAGAGGCAUUAGCUGUCUUUUGCGAAAUGAUGGUUUCCAAAGUCCAUCCAAAUGAAUCAACACUUGUGAGCUCAUUGUCUGCCUGUGCUCAUUUGGGGGCACUGGAUCAGGGAAGAUGGAUACAUGCAUAUCUUAAUAAAGCCGGGGUUAAGGUUAGUGUCACUCUGGGUACUGCUCUUAUUGACAUGUAUGCCAAGUGUGGCAGCAUCGAAUGUGGCUAUGAAGUCUUUCGUUAUAUGCCUCAAAGAGAUAUAGUAACAUGGGGAGCCCUCAUAUCUGGUUUAGCCAUGCAUGGGCAAGCUGAAAAAUGUUUUCAACUGUUUGAUGAGAUGGUUGCUGCCGGAAUUCAUCCAAAUGAAGUGAUCUUUGUGGCUAUUUUAUCUGCUUGCUCCCAUGCUGCUGGAUGUGUUGAACUCGGACAUCACUAUUUCAAUCAAAUGAUUCAUGAUUUUGGGAUUAGACCAUCAAUUGAGCAUUAUGGAUGCAUGGUGGACCUCCUUGGCCGUGCAGGGCAGUUGUCAGAAGCAGAAGAGCUCAUUGCGUCAAUGCCGGAAGUGCCUAAUUCGAUCAUAUGGGGUGCACUACUUGGUGCCUGCAAGACUUACAAGGACAUAAGGAGAGGAAAUCGCGCAUUCAGACACCUCAUUGAGCUUGAGCCAAUGUCCGGUGACCGAUACAAACAAGCAGGGCUCAUGUUGGCCAAUGCCGGUGAAAAAGCCGACGCAAUUAAGAUUAGCAAAUUCAUUAAGGAAAAUGACUUGAAGACAACAUGUGGAACGAGCUCUGUUGAGGUAGAUGGUGUCGUUCACAAGUUCACAGUAGGGAAUAUAGAUCCUCUCAAGCUUAGAGAGAUCCAAGGAUUAUGGAAGGGUUUGAUGGAUAAUUAGAGAUGCAUAAGUUGAAGAUGGCAUCUCGUUUAGCAAUUGAUUUUGCUUGGAACUCGGGAAGUCAAACCUACCAACCAGUGCAUCAAAAAGAAACACAACCGGAAAAGAUAGCAGAAAUAAAAGGUAUCUGCCAUGAAUUGGCAUGCAGUAGGAAUGUUCCUUCCCUUGUAAUCAGAAGAUAGCAAAACUCAAGCCAUGAGUUUAUUUGGCAAUUACAUCAUCAGUUCCAUAGGCCGGGCAGCUUAUUCACUUGUGGGAUCAAUUAUUCAUACACAUGUAAGGUUAUAGUAAAUGAAUUCUUAUUGAUGCCAACACUUGGGCAUCAAGAAUAAAUAUGCAA